CCUCUGAGGCAGACGUGCCGCAACCCAGCAGGUGAUGCAUCCACCCUCCAUCGAAUAUCGCAACCUUCAACCUUCGCAACUUCAUGACUCUUUUAGCCAUUCCCCUUCCAUCAUUCUACAACUACCACCGCAUUGCUGGCAUUUUACCUCACAUUUCAUUUCUUCCCAUCUGGAGAGCUGCAGCCGUCGCUAUCGCGUCGCCCGCCUCAACCCCACUACUGCUACCCUCUUCGCUCAGGCCGUCGUCGCCUUCGGCAACGUCUCAAACCUGGCUGCGCGCAGUCUACAGUCUCGUAUCGCCGACCCUGUGGGUGUGGCUUGACUUUGUCUUGCGUCGCCAAAUGUCCACGAUCCUGGCCAACUUGCGACCCCGCGCUGCGAAGCCCGACGACCAUCUCAGAGGCGUCCCCUCUGCCUCCCCUCCAACACAUUCCACUUCCAUGCGCCGUUAACCCCCCCGGGGAUCAAUAUUUCAACAUGGGCAUCGUUAGCAGCAAGCCCGAUGAUGGGUCCACGCUCUAUCUUAGAGACCAGAAUCGACUAUCCAUAUCCUCCCUCGUCAUCUCGAACCCACGAAGGCGUUCGUCCAUAAACAUCGUUCCCAACUCUUUUCCUGCCACCAGAGUAUCGGCUUCGCGCCCACUAGGCGACGGCAGCCCCAUAGAAUUUGUCCAGGACACUGAAGUCUCUUCGAGCCCCGGUGGCAUCCCGAGUUUCAUACUAAAGCUCACCCACGACGACGAGCUAGUCUUUACCUUCACCUUUGUCAUUCGCCAAGGACAGCAAUUCGUCACCAAUGGCACCACUGACACCGUCGCCACGGUCGAUACUCAAAUCAGUGGUUUGACCUACGUCUACGCCUCGACACAGCGCGAGGUAGAGAAUCUCGUUACACGCGAGUUCCAUGCGGACCCAAACCUACACAAGAACUCCAACGUCGAGUUAGUAGGCGACUUUGGGACGGGAGGCACUCCCUCCGUAUCCUUUGAAUGGACUUGGAAAUGGAAGCCGCCAAAGAACAUGGAGGAUAGGGGCGGUGGAUGGCGGAACUCUUGCAGCUUCGUCGAAUACGACCCCCGCAAUCACUGUUUGCAUACCUUGGCCAGUUUCUCCUACUGGGUCUCGAACCCGGCUUUGCCUCUUAGCCACCCCAACUCGCCGUCUCCCCCCUUCCUCUUGACCGCACCCCCCAAAAUUCGAGUGCCCUCUUCUCAAUCCGUCGAUUCUCGAAUCAGCAAUGCUGAGUUAGACGAGCCCUUGUCACCCUUACCAGGCAACUUCUCCUCUAGCACCAUACUUCCUGUGCCACAAACACCGCAAGAACCGAUCAAAGUGGAUGUCGCGUGCCCCAAACCAACAGAUGAUGUCCUUGUGCCAGACGAUGGCCCGGUCUUCCGAGCAACGAUCAAGGCAUUGGAACAAAAAACGGGCAACAUGCGAACGCAGAUGAAGCGCGUGCUCAAGAUGGCUAAGCAAGCUCAUGAAGCUCAGGUGGAAGCCAACAAAAACUUCUCCGAAUUCAUCGAUACCCUUCGCGAAGCCUCGUCAACAAACGCCAAUGCCGUACAGCCAGCUAUCGAACAUUACUUUGACAAAAUUGCCCGGGAGAUCCUCUCGUAUGAGCGAACAAACACAGUCAAUCUCAAGCGCAUCGUGAUCGACCCGCUGGACAAGUUUUACACGGUAGAUAUCAAACAGGCCGAAUCGAAGAAACGAGACUUCGAAGAGGAGAGCAAGGAUUAUUAUGCCUACGUCUCGAGGUAUCUCGGCCAGCGUCACGACUCAGUAAAGGCUAAGAAGCUGGCCGAAAGCGACUCGAAGUACCAGACGAAGCGCCGCAACUUUGAGCUCAAGCGAUUUGACUACUCAAGCUUCAUGCAGGAUUUGCAUGGUGGCAGGAAGGAGCAGGAGGUGCUAUCACACCUUACGAGGUACGCCGAUGCUCAGACGAAGAGUUUCCUAGAGGCGGCAAAGAAGAUCGACACUCUACUACCCCAGCUUGAGGCGCUCUCGAGCGAGGUGCAAGAGGCCGACAAGGAGUAUCAAUACCAGCGGCGUGAACGGGAAGAGAAGAGGAGACUACUCGAGAAGAGCAACCAGACGUACAACGAGCCGGAUCCUGCGCCUGCACCAGGUACCAGCGCCGGUCAAGUCACGAGUUCAAACGGCAACGCAACCGUCUCCGACAGCGAUUUAGGUCGCGCCGACAGCACAGGAUCGCAACUGAAGAUUGGGCUGUCGUCGGGCUCAAAUCCUUCGGUGGCCAUGGCAUCUCCUGAGCUGUCCAGGUCGCCAGGCAGUCUUGGUAACUCUUCGGUCGGGAGUCCUGCCCAAGCGUCAAAAUUCAAGGGCAUCCGUGACUUGGAGGAAAAAGACUACGGACAGCUUUCCAGUGCCAGCAGCAGCGCCCAGCGUAAAGAGGGCUUGUUGUGGUCUCUGAGCAAGGCCGGCAGCAACCACGUUGACCCGCGCAACCUGAACAAGCAGGGUUGGCACAAAUUCUGGAUAGUCCUCGACCAAGGCAAGCUCUCGGAGUAUAGUAACUGGAAACAGAGGCUGGAUCUACACAACGACCCAAUCGACCUGAGAAUGGCUUCCGUGAGAGAGGCUCGCAAUGCAGAACGGCGGUUCUGCUUUGAAGUCAUUACGCCCCAGUUCAAGCGCGUCUACCAAGCUACAUCUGAGGAGGACAUGAACAGUUGGAUCACGGCCAUCAACAAUGCACUACAGAGUGCAGUUGAGGGUCGCAUCAUGAGAGAUAAAUCUACUCCAAGCGACUCAGGCCACAUCAAGAGAGACAUCGGCUCGAUUCUCACCGGCAAGAGCCCUUCUGUCGGACACAACAGCCAUCAUCACACGAAUUCAAACAGCGCACCCGUCCGCCGAAUCACUGUCGGUGCUCGGCCCAGCACGCAUAGGUCUACCAGUUCGACUUACGACGAAAACCCCGAUAAGUUGCUGCAACUGCUUCGGGAUAACGACCAAGGCAAUUGCUGGUGCGCUGACUGCGGAUCGGGCACAAAGGUCGAGUGGGUUUCGAUCAACCUAGCCAUCAUUCUUUGCAUCGAAUGUAGUGGCAUUCAUCGCUCUCUUGGCACGCAUAUCAGCAAAGUGCGCUCUUUGACCUUGGACAUCAACUCGUUCACCUCAGAUAUUGUCGAGCUCUUGCUUCUUGUUGGGAACAGGGUGUCUAACAUGAUUUGGGAAGCGAGGCUGGAACCCGGAUUGAAGCCGACCCCUCAGGCAACGCGAGAGCAGCGGCUGAGGUUUAUCACAGCCAAGUAUGUCGACAGGGCCUACGUUGAGCCGAUCUCGGCGACGCUCUCCCGUUACCCUACUCCCGAAGAUACCCUGCUGGCGGCCAUCAAGAAGAACGAGAUCCAGCAGGUGAUUUACGCACUAGCUUUGCGAGCCAGCCCCAACGUUACAGAUAGAUCUCGCGGAACGCACGCAGUCUUUUUGGCUCUUGCGGCUGCCGAUCCUGCAUCGCCUUCUCCCACUCCAGGGCAACCCCCUGAGACGGACAGAGCCGUGCCGUUCCCGGUGGCAGAGAUGCUUCUUCAGAACGGGGCAGAAAUACCGUCCACGAUGCCGGCUUUCCCACUCAGUCGGAGCGCACAGCUGUACAUUGAAGAGAAACGUGGACGGAAUACAGGGUUCUCGAACGAUGGUGUCGGAUCAUUACCCGGCAACCUUAGUCCAAACGAAAAGCUCCAGCGGGAGCGGGAUGCGCGGCUACAAAAGAGAGUGAGCGCAGGAGGACGUCUGGCUAAGAGCCCGAUUCCGGAAAGGUAGCGACCUACCUGUUUCGAGCGGCUGGGGCAGCUGAACUUGUGCCUCGCUGCUGCAAUGCACGUGAGACGCAGGUCUUCUCUUGAAGUCCACUUAUCAACAGAUGGCUACGACUUUGAUUGUGACGGUGGAUGAAAAACAUUUUGGCACUAGCUGGAAAGCAGAGAGGAACAAUUGGCGUACUUGACUGUCGUUACCAGCAGAUGUAUUACGCUUCGAGGGUCUAGUGUUCCCCCGCGUGAAAGCCCAGGUACAUUAUGGAUCACGAAGGGGGAGACGAGGCCACGUUCUCUCAUAUAGCACGUGUACUCUUUCAUGGCGGAAGUCGGAUGCGAACAGCUACAUUGGAGUAUUCCUCGAUUGGAAAAGGCAAGGAGGAUACGGGAGUAGAGACAGCUGUUGCGCGUGUGUUUGUCUGUAUGUAUGGAUAGUAAUAGUAAUGAGAUGAUGAACAUCAAGCAAUGAUGAAUACGGACACUUUGUAUGGAUGUCAUAACUUCGUUGUAUUUGUCACGUAAGCCGGGAGCGGUC